AUGGGUUCUUGCAUUAGCAAAUGCAAAUCCAAGAAAAAUUCUAAGAAAAAACAAUCACAACAACAUCAAGAAGAAUGCAAAUGUCAAUGCAUUGAGAAAAAUAACAACAAUAACACUUGUACUAAUAUUACUCCUUUAGUACAAGAUAAACUUGUGAUCUCACAAGCAACAAUUUCCCCUUCUUCUCCUCCUAAAACCUCUUCAUCUUCGGCUAAGUCAUCUUGUGCCAACUCCUACUAUCCUGCCACUACUACUACGAGCUCGUGCUCAAGCACGAGCACGAGCUCGUGUUCUAUGCUCUCCUCGGCUUCCUCCAUUACCUCAGCCUCCUCGUCGGUCAUAAGCUCAAAGCUAGACCAAUCUUUUAGUAAUGACUUUCUUUGGUCAUGUGUUAAGGAAAAUCCUCAAAUUCUUAAUGGUGAUUAUCAUCCAAUCAAGGUUGUAAAUCCAAGAAGAAACUCUCUACCUAACAAAAAGCCCAAUAGGCCCAAGGAGUUUCAUGGGGCGACGCCAAGCCCACAAAGGGUAGUAGUAAGACCGGCCCCACAAAAGAGGCCUCGUUGUAACUCACCAAGUAACUUGACCCGGCAAAAGAGUUUUCGCCGCGAGCCCGAGGUUGAGCUCAAUCGGCCCGUUUUGAGAAGUGCUAGGGACUUGAGGCCCAUAUCACCUUCACCAAGUAGAAGGUUCAAUGGAGAAGGAAAUAGUCAAGGGAAAAAUUUGACAUCAUCUAUGAGAAGGGAACAUUGUUAUGUUAGGCCUCCUAGUCCAAUAAGUAAAGGGUAUAAUGGUAAAACGAGGCGAAACGGCCAGUCCAAUAUGACCAACAAUUUGUUGGUAAAGAAAGAAAAUGAAGAUAUGAUUAAUGGUGUUAAUACAAAAAUUAAGGAAAGUGAAGAAAUGAUUAAUAGUGUUAAUACAAAAAUUAAGGAAAUGGCGAUGGGAGGAUUAGUUUCUAGUCAAGAUAUGGAUUUGACGCCUAUUGAAGAUGUUGAAAAUCCGCAUAUUGCUUUGGAUUGCUUUAUAUUUCUGUAA